AUGGCUUAUGCUUUUGCUCUCACCUUUUCUGGAACUCUUUUCCAUGAGCCAAUCCCCAUCAACUACCACCGCCAUACCCGGUCCUUUGCCUCUCGCCAAAUUUUCCCCUCUCGGGACAUUCCUUUACCUGACUUCAUUGACCUCGGCCUUGAUUUCCGCCACCUUGUCAACAACCUUGGUUGGGGAUUCUUGCUCGAUGAUGCACCCACUCUGGUGUGUCCUGCUGCAGUGCGAUUGUUCUUCUCCAACCUGCGCCAUUUUGGUCUUCACUCUCGCACUCUGACAUCGCUCGUGGCUGGAUAUCUCAUGACCAGGGUUCAAGAAGGCGCGCCUAGGCGCACGUCUAGGCUCAAUUAG